ACGCCGUUAAUACAAUCCUUCUUUUCCCCAUCCUCUAGUUGACGGCUUUUAAACGUCGCCGUUAGUAACCCUUCGUAAGUAUUCGUUACAUACAAAAUAUACAUAAAUAUUUACUCCUUUUCUCUCUCUACAUUCAACGGGCAAGGUUUUUCGUAACUCUGAAUUCUCUCAUCUCCUAAUUCAGAUUUUUUUUGCCCAAGUUUUCUUAGGGCUCAAUAAUCGGAUGAGCUUGUUCUCCAAUUAAUAAGGGUUAGUCGAUGUAAUAUUUGUUUCAGGAUUCUUGAAUUUCGAUAUUGUGAAUUUAUGAAGUUUGGGAAUUUGGAGGUCUGAUGAACUAUAGGAAUUAAUGGCAGAGGCAAAAUCUGAUGUUAUUUGCCUCGAGAAAAAGGAGUCUGCAGCUGCUUCAAGCUCGUCUUUUUCGGAGAACAGUAGCAGCAUCGUGUUAAAAUCACCCGGGAUAAGUAGUCCUACUAGUACUUCUCCAGCUCAUAGAAGAACUACGGGCCCGAUUAGAAGAGCAAAAGGAGGUUGGACUCCAGAGGAGGAUGAUACAUUAAAAAAGGCUGUUGCGGCUUUUAGAGGGAAGUCCUGGAAGAAAAUAGCGGAGUUCUUUCCGGAUAGAUCAGAAGUGCAGUGCCUGCAUCGAUGGCAAAAGGUUCUGAAUCCAGAACUUGUUAAAGGUCCCUGGACACCAGAGGAGGAUGACAAAAUCACAGAACUGGUUGCUAGAUACGGACCUACAAAAUGGUCUGUCAUAGCAAAGUCGUUACCAGGUCGAAUUGGGAAGCAGUGCCGUGAGAGGUGGCACAAUCAUUUGAAUCCACAUAUUAAGAAGGAUGCUUGGACUUUGGAGGAGGAGCUUACUUUACUCAAUGCUCAUCGUGUUCAUGGGAAUAAAUGGGCUGAAUUAGCUAGGCUUCUACCUGGAAGGUAUCGUUCUUCUGCCUAUAUUUAUUUACUAAGAAAAGGGAUUAUUUAUCUAGAUGGAUAACUUAAUCCUUGAUUUUGGAAAAAUGCAUUCUGGCUUUUCAGCUUGUAACUUUUACUGUCAAAAUCCUUGAAGUAUUUUUCAUUUUUGUUUUUGGUUGAUUUCUCAAUACAUAAGGAGGAUAUCAGUGUAGAAAUUACUUUAUGAGAACAAAAUAAGAAGGAAGGUUCAGUUUUGGGUAGAGGUAUAGGUCUAAUACGAAUUUUGAUCUAAUCUGAUGUGAACGCUGGCUGAAUUAUGUUUUCUUAUGCCAAGGUGGAGAUUGCUCAUAUAAGUUGCUCAAUGUACUCGAUUUCUGAUUUCUUGCAUCCAUUAAUGGUUUUUGGAUUGGCUACUAGUUAUUAUAAUACAUUGAACCAGACAGUAAGGUUUGUAGUAAAUGUUUUCCGUCUUGUGCUGUGUUGAUUCAUUGAAUGUGAUCGAUCAACUAAAGAGUUUUGCCUCCUCACGAUGUAUAUAAAAGCUCAUAAAAAAUAAUGCAAGUCAUCAUACAGAGAAAAUUUUACAUGGCAAUAAAAUAUACUAUAAUACUGUAAGAAGCAAGUCAUUAUAAUAUUUUGAACUAGGUUUAUUGCAUUAAUGUUUUUUUAUUGAUUGAGUAUACGCAGCAUUAUUCUACUGAAUAACAGUAAUGUAACUGGUUUGAAUCGAUGCAGGACUGAUAACGCAAUCAAGAAUCAUUGGAAUAGCUCUUUGAAGAAAAAGUUAGAUUUCUAUUUAGCUACAGGAAACCUUCCUCCAGCUGCUAAAAAUGUUCCGCAAAAUGGUGCUAGGGACAGUAAUAGUAGUGCAGCUUCAAUUGGAGUAUUUCUUAUUGGUUCAAAUAGAGGAUCAAAUUCGACCGUGUUAACUUCGUGUGGAACUACUGAUUCAUGUAAAGUUGAGCAUGCGAAUGACAAGCCAGAUACAAGGAUCCAAGAUGAAGAUCAAGAUCAUGAUAUUGACACCUGUGUACGGAGUGAAUACACCAGUUCCGAUUGCAACAAGUGUGAGGAAAUGCCAUCAGAAGCAGGCACUAUCCAUUCAAACAUAAUGGAGUCUUCUAAGCUUGACGACAGGCAUGGAAUAUACGAUGCAAUUGAUCAAUAUCGUAUAAUUGGAGCAUCAUGGCAUUACGAAAAUCCAGUAUAUGGGACACUGUGUUAUGAGCCACCAGUGUUGGGCAACUACGAUCUGCUGGAUUCAAAUCUUGCAAAUAUUUCGUUGAAGCAGUCUGAAUCAGACAGUAGUCCUACGACAUCAGCUACACCUUUCUUUACUCCACCAAGUGUGAAAAGUAGAUGCUUGCCUGCACAAACUCCUGAAUCAAUACUUAAGAUUGCUGCAAGAAGCUUUCCAAAUACUCCAUCCAUACUGAGAAAGAGGAAUUCUGAUAGGACGCCAAAGGAGGCUUUUCUGCCUAAUGGUGAGCAUAAUCAGAAGAAUAGUUCUGAGAGUACUGAGUUACAGAACAAUAGUCUACGUGCAGAUACUGCUUCAGAUGAUGAUGAUGAUGGUUUAAGCGGAAACAAGUCAUUUAACUCAUCUCCUCCAUAUCGAUUACGAUUCAAAAGAACUUCAGUUCUUAAAUCUGUCGAGAAGCAGCUUGAUUUCGACAUUAGCAUGGACAAUAAUACUAAAUCUGGGGGCGCAGAUGUCAAGGAAAUCCCUCCUGUAACAAAGUUUGUUUAUACACGUCAUAGGCGGAGUUGAUGAAAGUCGAUAGGGAGUCGCAAAGAUGACGACCGGUUGGUAUAUACAUUCAUGGAGACGUAUGUUGCAGGCAGAAGAAGGUUCUGUUGUUACUGGAAUGCCCAACAACCGUUGAAUGUUUCAUUUCUUUAAAGAUUGUUUUUCUUUUCCAUAUCUAUCAUUCAAACUUUAUUGAUUUGUACAGUUAAAAUAGAGUAGGACUUUAUAUUUGCAAGUAGGCCCCUUGGUAUAGAAUAAAACCUCUUUCAGUACCCUCAUGCUUUUAGGGGAUUGGCAAAAUUGUUUGGCCUAGUAUCAUUUGUUUU